ACUGACGAGUGGUCACAAUUGUUCCAACGACUCAACCAAUGCGAACACGGGGGCUUGCCAAGGUGUAACUGAAACAGCGUACGUCAUCUUUGAGAACAAAACAUGCGUUAAAUGUAUAGAAUCAUCCUUGGAAGAUCUAGAUACAAUCAUUAAUAUUACCACCCCUGAUUUUCCUAUCACUGCAGACAAAGCAAUAGAUGUCAUGGAAAAUCUAAGGCUCAUAGUUGAAAAGAUGGGUAAUUCCAGCAUAGCAGCACUUAAGAUAGGAAACAUCACAGGACUGAUCGCCAAACUCCCCAAGGAAAAUCAAACCAACAUGAACUUUGCCUUCACAGAAACGGGGGACGUAAAGAAAAUUGUUGACAAAAGCAGCAAUUCCUUGACGGGCUCCUUUCGUUCAAUAAGUGUUCCUAGCGAGGCCAGUGAAAUGGCGGUGAAAGGUAAUGGGUCAAUUCUUGGAAUUCUUCUGUUUCCAGACAUGAAAUUGAGCGACAGAAGAUCCUAUUUCAACAAUGAAAUAAUGGGGAUAGAAAUGGGAGCAAAAGUGGAAAAUCUUUCACAAACCAUCAACAUUCAAUACGGUAAUGUGAACAAGAAUGGAGCCAACGCUUCUUGCAUGUCUUGGGAUGGCACCAGUAAAGAUGCAUCUGGGUUUCCAAUCUGGAGCGCAGACGGCUGUGAUACCAACGAGACCAACAGCAGCAUCACCUGCCAGUGCUCACAUCUAACCUUUUUUGCCAUACUCAUGUCGCCUCCCCCGGGAAACAUAAGCGCUUCGGAUGUUAAUUCUUUGACCUACAUCACAUCGAUCGGCUGCGGACUGUCAUUGUUUUUCUUGAUAGUGGGUCUCUUCAUGCACGUUCUCGUCAGAAAGGGGAAAGCAAGCCAGGCAACGAACAUUCUGAUGAACCUCUUCAUCGCCAUGUUGGUCCUGAAUUUAUCCUUCUUGACAAAUGAGAGCAUUGCAAAGUUGAAUAUCCCCGGCGCAUGUGUGGCCAUAGCAGCAGUUUUGCACUACAGCAUGUUGGCCACUUUCACCUGGUUUUUCAUGCAGGCCUUGCACUUGUACCUCAAUCUACGCAGAAUCUCUACUGAAGUGAAACAUUAUAUGCUGAAGAUUUGCAUCACAGGAUGGGUCAUACCGGCUGUGGUGGUGAUCGCUCUUCUUGCCUCCCAGAAAUAUGAUUCCAUUAAGAUUGCUACAAAUGAAGGGACAGCAGCAACAAUGUGUUGGAUCCCUGAUGUUGCUAUCCACCAGGGGGUGAACAUCGGUUAUUAUGCCGUGGUGUUCGUCUUCACUUUAACUGUGUUCAUUAUAACUGUAAGGCAGAUUAUUCUACUGCCUAAAAUGGGGAAAGUGCAGAAAAAGAGCUCCACUAAAACCAACACUAUCACCAUUCUGGGCCUGUUUUUCCUUCUUGGCAUCACCUGGGGCUUCGCUUUUUUCAGUUACGGAUCACUGGUCAUUGUCUCCUACUACAUCUUCACCAUCCUCAACUCCUUUCAAGGUUUCUUCCUGUUCAUCUACUAUUAUCAGUCCAGCAAGAUUAUUGGAACCGACAAAAUGCACACGCAAAGUAGCAACAGCACAGCUACAUCAAACACAACUGUAACAAAUGCUUAUGGAUGA